GAGCUGUCGGUGUGUGGAUGCAGAGCCGUGACUGCCGUCUGCCUUUCCCUGCGUCCCAGCCUCGUGCUUUCCUCGUGUGAGUUGGUUGGAGGUGAAGAGCCGAGGCUGUGCCCUCUCCUACAGCCCAGCAGCUCUCCCGUGCCCACUGCCGAAGCCACCCCAUUCCCAGCUCCUCCCAGAGCCACCCAGCAGCCAAAGCAUCCAUUGGGAACCCUCCUCGCUGGGACGCUGCCUCGCAGUCACUCUGCCAGAACCUGAGCUUCCCGCCUUCACAGCCAACCUCACAGGUUUUCCACUUGCCAAAGCAUCACUCCAGCUGGGGUUAAAAGAGCCGUCCCCCCGCUACCUCGGCCCCCCAUGCUUUUGGGGAUGAGCACCUGCGGCAGGAAGGCGCUGACCCUGCUCAGCAGCGUGUUCGCCGUCUGCGGCCUCGGCCUCCUGGGCAUCUCCGUCAGCACCGACUACUGGCUCUACCUGGAGGAGGGCAUCGUCCAGCCCCAAAACCAGACAGCCGAAAUCAAACUGUCACUGCACUCAGGGCUCUGGAGGGUCUGUUUUCUGGCAGGGGAAGAGCGUGGCCGGUGCUUCACUAUCGAGUACGUCAUGCCCAUGAACAUCCAGCUGACGUCUGAAUCCACAGUCAACGUCCUGAAGAUGAUCCGCUCUGCCACCCCCUUCCCUCUGGUCAGCCUCUUCUUCAUGUUCAUUGGCUUCAUCCUGAGCAACAUCGGCCACAUUCGGCCUCACAGGACCAUCCUCGCCUUCGUCUCGGGGAUAUUCUUCAUCCUGUCGGGUCUGUCCCUCGUGGUGGGGCUGGUCCUCUACAUAUCCAGCAUCAACGAUGAGAUGCUGAAUAGGACCAAGGACUCGGAAACGUUCUUCAAUUACAAAUAUGGGUGGUCGUUUGCCUUCUCUGCCAUCUCGUUCCUUCUCACAGAGAGCGCCGGGGUGAUGUCCGUUUACCUGUUCAUGAAGCGGUACACGGCGGAGGACAUCUACAGGCCUCACCCCAGCUUCUACCGGCCCCGUCUGAGCAACUGCUCCGACUACUCGGGGCAGUUCUUGCACCCGGACGCGUGGGCGCGGGGACGCAGCCCCUCGGAUAUCUCCAGCGAGGCCUCCCUGCAGAUGAACAGUAACUACCCGGCUCUGCUCAAGUGCCCCGACUACGACCAGAUGUCCUCGUCCCCGUGCUGAGCCCCUCCGGCCCCGCUCCCACCCGGUGCCCACGGUCCCCAACUCCCCACUCCCUUUGUCAUUUAUUUUUUUAGGCCACUCUUUUGGGGCAAUUCUCUAUUUAUAGGAGCGUAAAUAUAACCAGGGAGAUUGGUUAUAUAACCAAUAAUGUAACCUAGAGAAUUGGGAUAUGUCCCUUCCUUUGGUUUUGUUUUGUUUUAUUCUUCCCUACAUAACUAAAUCUCUCCAAAGUCCUCUUCUUUCAGCUCAUCCCGCUGAGCAAACAGCAGUUCUGCCUGGGGGAUAAAUCCAGGGCUGGACUCUAGAGCAGAAAAAAGAAAAUAGAGUAGAACUAAAAAAAAACCCAUAUUUUUUGGUUUAGGUAGACUGCAAAAGUUUGUGCAUUUGGCUGUAUCAUUUAAUUAUAGAUUUACUGGCCUAAGUGCCAACAAGCGUAAAAGAUUUGUGUAAACUUCCGAGAAAUAGCCAUCGUUAGAAAAAUGUAAAUUGUGUCUUGAUUCAGUAUUUACUGAUUGAUAUCUCUUGUUACUGGGUAUCACUUUUAACCAGGCUGCAAUGGGAAAUAGCCAUCUCUCCUGACUAUACCUCAGCAGGCUUAGACACAAGCAGGUUGUUGUUUCUCCAUGGCCACUUGCAAACUGUUGCUUAAGUAUCCCCCUUGUCAGACUGGAGGCACCGCAGCCCUGGGGUGUCCGGGCUGUUGGGUGGCUCAGGCACCCGCUUUUCCUCCACCAUCCCAUUGACUGGAGGUCUGAAGAGCAACUGGGAGAAUCACUGCAGCAUUGAGUGGAAAACUAGCUAAAACAUUCCCAUAGGAAGUAUUAGGCACAGGAUUUAGGGGAGAUCAUGGCCAGAAGUGCAAGUUAUUUUGGUGAAAGGCAAGAUCCCACCCCGCUAUAAAGUGAAGUGGCUGAAAUUAAUGGCAUUAGUCCAGCAUAGGAAAGUAGUUGGCUUUUAUUUAAUUUUGGCAAGAAUACAGUAUUUUAGCUGCUUUUUUGUGUCUGUACAAACCUUAUUUGGGGGUUUUAAGUUUUACAUUUUCAUAUGACACUUUGGCAUUCUGGUCCUAGACAGCUGCCAGAGUGAGAGCAUCACUCUGAUUGAAAACAAAGGGCAGGGAAGGAAAAGGCUGUGCUCCUUCCUGUGCAAGCCACGAGUUGUCACCUCACAGGAGAAAGAGCUUUCUCCAAACUUUAUUUCUGUCCUUGUUAUUUUAAACCUUUCUGAAAAUUUUCAUUCUGCAGAACAAAACCCUCCAGGGAUUCUUGGUAUAUUUGAGCUUGUUUUGUCUUACUGUAUUUAAAACAAAUAGAAUAUACACAAUUUUAACUCAUUUGUAGCAUACUGUGUAAUGAAUGUUGCACCUUUUUGUUAUUAUUUAUUAUUUAUUAUUUAAUACUUAUUUAUUAUUUAUAAAGCACUCCAAAGUAGGGUCCAAGUCCUGGCACAGCACCACGAUUUGCAUUGACUCUGACACCCAUCCCAAGGGACCUCACUGCAGGUGCGUAUCCAGACAGCUCUGGAGCAGGAUUAUUUCCUCUCCAGUUCCUUCAAAUAAGCAAGUAAUGUUUAUCUAGUGUCUAUCUAGUGUCACUGACUCCUAAUUUACUGAGUUAUAAAACCAGGGCAUCUUUUUGUAGACACAGUUGUAUUUACCCUUAUUUUGUAUUACCCUCAAGCACCUGUUUUCUCAUUUUGAAACCCAUUUGUAAGUGUUCUGUGACAGGUUUAUUGCUGGGAAGGCUCAAGCAUUAAAGCACAACCUAGCCCUACCAUCCAGUGACAAAA